AUGGACAGGGCUGCCAUUUUGCAUACGAACAGGGCACUGGCGGAUUUCUGGACUGCUUCCAAGACCUUGCUGAUAUUUUACCAUGCUCAAACUGGCCACAAAAAGAAAAAAAUAAGUGGGUUUGUCGGUAGAAACGAGAAGAAUAAAAGGAGCCAAGUCGCUUUUUUUGUGUGUGUGAAAAGACCCGGUCGAAUAUCGGGAUCGGUUUCCGUUGCCGACUUGUUUAUCCCCAGGACUCUGGGAAUUGGCUGGAGUUUCAGGACAGAUAGGUACCACGAAAAGCCCCACAUGGAAAUAUUCUUCAUCCUUCGAACUUCGGAAGUAAAACCAUGGGACUCCCUACAGCAGAGCAGUGCCGAGACAAUGGUUAGGAACAACCCCUACACAAGCUCUCCGGCCACCUAUGAUCCUGUCCCUCCUCCUGUCUUCCCUCCCCCGAGGGCCAGUGGAAUUCCCGAGCUGUGCACGGAGGGGAAACAGAACCCCGCUCGGGGGCACGAGAGCCCGAGCUCGGAUGCGAACCCAGACAAUCACGCACCGGCUUUUGAUGAUGCCACGAAUUCCUUGGCCGACGUGGAAAAAAAAGGGGAGAUUUUCACAAGGGGGAAAAGGGGUUCGUUUCGCCGCCGCCAACGCAUGCAGUCUGUUGUUGCCGCGCUGUCUGCGGGAAUUGUUCCCAGAAAGGGAGAUUUUCACAAGGGGGAAAAGGGGUUCGUUUCGCCGCCGCCAACGCAUGCAGUCUGUUGUUGCCGCGCUGUCUGCGGGAAUUGUUCCCAGAAAGUUCCUGCUGAAAAGAAGGUUCUUGAUUUACUCAUUCCUGAUGUCUGCUUCUGGUAUCAAGUUGGACUUUGUACAGACCUAUCUGGUAAUAACAGCAGCGCAAGAAAAGCAACAGCAGCUGCAAACAACUGGCAGAAAACAUUCCAGCGGUGUGGGAUUGCAGGACUCGGAGCUAUUGGGUCAUUAAUCGCUUCCUCCCCGCGUGCCGCUGCGUCCGUGCAAUUAAGAUGCCUGCCGAGGGGCCAACAAAUGAGUACUGGCCUCUUGGCUUUUCUUCUCAAUCGGGGCUCCUCUGACUUCCAAGACUGGAGGAGAGUCAACAAAAGAAGGAAUUUUCGGUCGGAGGAACUGGAGAAAGUCUUUUUCCCAAAUUUCCCGGCACAUUUCUUCUUGAACCUUGCUCUCUCUAUAGAUCUCUGGAAGAAGAUGGAUCCAUGUUUGUGGCCAGUCGUCGCCAAUCAGCGUUCCAGAAACAAACAACUUCAUCCUUUUCAAAAAAUAUUUCAAUUUUUCGGGGAUUGCUUGGUUAAUUACGGGUUCCCAGUCCCUGGAGCGAAAGGAGGCAUUGAUAUGAUGAUGGGGUUAGGUUUUCUUGGAGCAUUGAAUAUCAAGGCCAGGAAUGACAACCAAGGUAAAGCGCUAGUCAACCGGGUCACCCUUUACAUGACCGUGGGAGAACGGUGGUCGAGUUCAACGUACAACAUGUGUCGGUUGCCGAUCCAGCCCAUCAGCAGCCGUCGGGGAAAAUGGAAUAAAAAUAAACGCACAUGUGUGUGGGGGAUAUGCGAAAAGGAGCCGCCGCCGACGACGACGACGACGAGUGAUGGCGACACGAAGAACUCGGAAGAAUCACAAGCUUUCUUGCCAGCAAUACAAGGAAAAUCGGGGCAUGACUUGUGUAUAGAACAUUCUCGAAGCCAUACUCCGCUGUGUAGAGCCAUGAAGUAUUCCCUUCGGAUUCAAAGCUUUCUGGCAACAUGUUUCCUCGGCAUUUUGGCGAUUUUCCCGACGUCCGAAGGUCGUCAGAAUUCCAGGGGCUACGCUGUGGAAAUGUUCAUGUUUGACGGGGUGCGGAAGGGUUACGAGGGGAUGAGUUCCCAGAGCGUUUACUGCGCUUACAACGCCCGUCACACAGGUUGCCUGUACAACAAGGUGAACGGAGCCACUUGUGGAACUGUCUAUGUCCGAAAAGUUACCGAGGCCGAGAAAACUGCGAUUCUCGACGCGCACAAUGCAAAACGGCGGCGAGUGGCUGAAGGUUCGGAGACCCUCGGAGUUGGAGGCGGCCAACCGAAGGCGGCGAACAUGAGGAAAUUGACUUGGGACCCUGAAGCAGCCUCACUUGCACAAUUAUGGGCUGAUCAAUGCACAUUUUCGCACGACGCCGUUCAUCAUACGGACGUGCAAGUAGGAAGGAUUUACAAUGGGCAAAACUUAUACAUCAGUGGAAGUUUCUCCAGCUCAUCGGCAGCAAGUUGGACAGCAGCUGUUGAUGCGUGGUACAGCGAAGUCGCAGAUUGGAAUCCCUCUAAUGUUAACUCUUACGUAUUCAAUUCUGCGACUGGACACUACACUCAAGUCGUCUGGGCCACAACGACUAAGGUCGGUUGCGGAUACAUUUUGUACCUGCCCCCAGGCGAAACCACCUACAAACAGUUCUACGUUUGCAACUACAGUCCCGGAGGAAAUACUAUUGGUACCCAAGUGUACGCUCAAGGAGAUCCCUGUACUUCUUGUCCCACAGGAACUUCAUGCGUGGAUACAUCUUUGGGUUACGAGGGAUUGAGCACCCAGAGCGCUUACUGCUCUUACGAUCCCAAGCACACAGGUUGCGUGCACACAAAGAUCAACGCAACGUCUUGUGGAACUGUUUUUGUCCGAAAAGUCACCGAGGCCGAAAAAACUGCGAUUCUCGACACGCACAAUGCAAAACGGCGGCGAGUGGCUGAAGGUUUGGAGACCCUCGGAGUUGGAGGCGGCCAACCAAAGGCGGCGAACAUGAGGAAAUUGACUUGGGACCCUGAAGCAGCCUCACUUGCACAAUUAUGGGCUGAUCAAUGCACAUUUGCGCAUGACCUCAUUCAUCAUACGGACGUGCAAGGAGGAAAGAUUUACAAUGGGCAAAACUUAUACAUGGCUGGCACUUCCUCCAGCUCAUCGGUAGCAAGUUGGACAGCAGCUGUUGAUGCGUGGUACGGCGAAGUCAAAGAUUGGGAUCCCGCCAAAAUUAACCCUUACGUUUCUGCGACUGGACACUACACUCAAGUCGUCUGGGCCACAACGACUAAGGUCGGUUGCGGAUACAUCUCGUACUUGCCCCCAGGCGGAACUACCACCUACAAACAGCUCUACGUUUGCAACUACAGUCCUGGAGGAAAUAUUAUUGGUCCUGGUUACAAAGUGUACACUCAAGGAGAUCCCUGCACUUCUUGUCCCUCAGGAACUUCAUGCGUGGAUACGUCCUUGGGUUACGAGGGAUUGAACACCCAGAGCGCUUACUGCUCUUACGAUCCCAAGCACACAGCUUGCUUGUACAACAAGAUCAACACAACGUCUUGUGGAACUGUUCAUGCCCGGAAAGUCACCGACGCCGAAAAAACUGCAAUUCUCGACACGCACAAUGCAAAACGGCGGCGGGUGGCUCAAGGAUUGGAGACCCUCGGAGCUGACGGCGGCCAACCGAAGGCGGCGAACAUGAGAAAAUUGACUUGGGACAUUGAAGCAGCCUCACUUGCACAAUUAUGGGCUGAUCAAUGCACAUUUGAGCAUGACUCCGUCCAUCACACAGACGUGCAAGGACAAGAUGUUUGCAACGGACAAAACAUAUACCUGGGUAGUACAUUCUCCAACUCAUCGGCCGCAAAUUGGACAGCAGCUAUUGAGGCGUGGUACGGCGAAGUCAAAGAUUAUGAUCCCAUCUAUAUGGACGCUUAUGAAUUCAGUCCUGCGACUGGACACUACACUCAAGUCGUCUGGGGCACAACAACUAAGAUCGGUUGCGGAUACAUUUUGUACUUGCCCCCAGGCGAAACCACCAUCUACAAACAGUUCUACGUUUGCAACUAUAGUCCCGGAGGAAAUCUUCUUGAUAAUCGAGUGUACCUUCGAGGAGAUGCAUGU